AUGGUUCGACACCACUUAACCACAGCUCCUAUUGUAUACAUUUGGAGAAUGGCGCGGCGGCGGCGGCGGGACAACCGACAGCGGCGGCAGAGGACCACCUUCACCUCCGAGCAGACCCUGAGACUGGAGAUGGAGUACCACCGCAACGAGUACAUCUCCAGACCGAGAAGGUUCGAGUUGGCCGAGUCGCUGGACCUCACGGAGACGCAGAUCAAAAUAUGGUUCCAGAAUCGCCGCGCCAAGGACAAGCGCAUCGAAAAGGCACACAUGGACCAGCAGUACAGGUGUAUGACCCUGGCCGGAGGGCUGGGAGGCCUGGGUCCUCUCUACCACCCGGCGUUCUGUGGAAUCUGCACCUACAAACCCCCGUCAGGGCCGCCCCCAGGCUCCGUCCGUGGCUCCGCUGUGUCUCCAUCUUCUAUACUGAAUGGCCCAAAGCCCUCCCCACCGUCCCUCUUGAGCGGAUCUGCUGCAUCUCCGCCGACCCUCCUUAGCAGCUCCUUGGCGUCCCAGGCUCAAACGCUACCCAUCGGAGCAACGUCCUCAGCUCCUGUACCUCUCGGCCAGUCACCUUCUGCUGCCCUCUCGAUGGGACCUUCCACGUCAUCGAGCCUUGCCAUCGGACAACUGCCGCCAGUGAAUUUGUCCAUUGGACCGCACCUUCCUGCCUUCCUGAGUUCCACGUCUUCCCCUUCCCCGCCUGCAACUACCAUCUCCACAGCGGCCACCACCUCCAGCAUCAAGAAGCCAGUCCCGCUGCCUGCUUCUACAGCAAGCUUUGUGGCACUCCGUGCUCAGGCUUACUAAAUUCAAGUAUACAUUUAAUAUAAGUAAUACACCCCGCUCACAUCAGCACUAUACCGCAAUGAGCCAGCCGAGUCUGCCAGGCUCAUCAACGCUCAAGUCCAAUAGCCUGACUCCGGUGUCGCUGAGGCGACUUCACCUUCACGCGCCGUUGCUGAUCCCCUGGACAUGCGCCUGUGCAGGCUCCAGUCGCACCACGGGCUCUUGAUGAUCAUGCAUUCACUUAUUAAACAAGUUACUGUUAACUUCAGUGGCUACAAGUGCGUUCCUAGUCCACUUUUUCGUGCGCAAUAUAUUAUAUAGAUAUUUUUUUAGUCCAUCAAUGCCAAAGAGAGACAUCCUAAUACGUAACGUCUCUAUGCACUUUUAGCUGGUUAACUAAUAUAAUAUAUAGAUGUUUGUGUUUGAUCAUUGUGCACGUUAACAUUUUUAUGUAGUGUUACUUUUUGCUCAUCAAAAAUUUACCAAGG